UUCCAAGACUUUAAACCUGUUGACCUCUGUGUGCUUGAACGGUCGUAUAUUUUGAGGUCUCAAAUCAACCACUCAACACUCUUUUGAGAAGUAAGAGUUGAAGGACAGUGACACUAAAUGAGUCUCCAUGUCAAGAGAGAAGAGAAGGGCACUGCCUCUAAAAUGAGUUCUCCAUCUCCUGGAUCAAACUGUGUGUUUAAGUGUAAUCAAUCCAUGGUGGUUGAUCAUCCUGAACUUAAUGAGGGAACAAUGAUCUCUGACCCCAGCAAGAUUGAGAGACGGAGAUUAGAGUCUGCAGAAACCAAUUAUGUGUCUGUGAAGAGUAACGGAUCUAUGUCUCAUCCCAUUGACCUCAGCGGUACACCGAUGUCCUCUAACCUGGUGGAUGACACAAAAGCAGCCUUCCUGGGGGAGACUAAAGACCAACUAGUGAAUUAUAAACUACAUAGAGUCAAAGACCAGCACAAAACCAACAUGAAGGACAGGCAUGAGAGAUUAUUUGAGGGAAUAAAACUCCAAGAGAAUCAAACCCUCCUGAAAAGGAUCUACACACAGCUCUACAUCAUAGAGGGAGAGAGUGAAGGAGUGAAUGAAGAGCAUGAGGUUUUACAGAUGGAGAAAACAGCCAGAAUGCAACACUCACAAGACACUCCAAUCUACUGCAAUGACAUCUUUAAAGCCUCACCUGAUCCAGGAUGUGAGGAGAAAGACCAAAUCAAGGCUGUUCUUACUAAAGGCAUUGCUGGAAUCGGAAAAACCGUCUCUGUGCAGAAGUUCAUUCUAGACUGGGCCGAGGGAAAAGCCAAUCAGGAUGUAGAUUUCAUGUUUGUGCUUCCAUUUCGAGAGCUGAACUUGAUCCGAGAUCAUCAGUACAGUCUUCACAGACUUCUGCUGGACUUUCAUCCUGAACUUCAUGAUCUGGCCUCAACGAUUUAUGAGGGGUGUAAAGUUGUGUUCAUCCUGGAUGGUCUGGAUGAAAGCAGAAUCACACUGAUGUUUUCAGAUACUCAGAAAGUUUCUGAUGUGACAGAGACUUCAUCAGUGGGUGUGUUGAUGUCAAGCCUCAUGAAAGGAGAGCUGCUUCCCUCUGCUCUCAUCUGGAUCACCUCCAGACCAGCAGCAGCCAAUCAGAUCCCCUCCAAAUACAUCAACCGUGUGACAGAAAUCGAUGGAUUCAAUGAGCCUCAGAAGGAGGAAUAUUUCAGGAAGAGAAUCGGUGACCAGCAUCAAGCCAGCAGAAUCAUCUCACACAUCAGAAGAGCAAGAAGCCUUCACCUCAUGUGCCACAUCCCCAUCUUCUGCUGGAUCUCAUCCACUGUGCUUCAGAAGCUCCUGAAAGAAGAUUUAAGUGCAGAAAUCCCUCAAACUCUGACUGAAAUGUACAUCCACUUCCUGCUGAUUCAGAUCAACAUGAGUAAUCAGAAGUAUGAAGAGAGAAAUACAGAUAGACUCCUGCAGACCAACAGAGAUGUGAUUCUGAAACUUGCCGAAGUGGCUUUCAAACAGCUGAUGAAGGCUAAUGUGAUGUUCUAUGAAGAGGACCUGAUUGAGAGCGGCAUAGAUGUCACUGAUGCCUCAGUUUAUUCUGGGAUUUGCACUGAGAUUUUUAAGGAGGAAUGUGUGAUUCAUCAGAGGAAAGUCUACAGCUUCAUUCAUCUGAGCGUUCAGGAGUUUCUCGCAGCUUUUUAUGUGUUUUACUUUUAUGUGACUACAACUAUGGAGGGACUGAAGAAUUUUGUUUCAGUACAAAAUUUGCUUAAAGGUUCAGUAGAUAAAGCCCUUGAGAGUGAAACUGGACACCUGGAUCAUCUGUUGCGAUUCCUGCUGGGCAUCUCAAUGGAGUCCAAUCAGAGACUCUUACAGGAUCUACUGAAACACACAGAGAACAGCUCAGAAAGCAUCAGAAGAACCUCUCAGUACAUUAUAGAGAAGAUCAAAGAGGGACAUGGACUCUCAACUGAAAGAUCCAUAAAUCUGUUCCGCUGUCUGCUGGAAGUGAAAGAUCAGACUCUGUCCAGAGAGAUUCAGGAGUUUGUGAAAUCAGACAAACAGUCAGAGAAGAAACUCUCUCCGGCUCACUGCUCAACAAUUGCCUACAUGCUUCAGAUGUCAGACGAGGUGCUGGAUGAGCUGGACCUCAAGAAAUACAACACAUCAGAUGAGGGAAAAAGAAGACUGAUAACAGCUGUGAUCAACUGCAGAAAAGCUCUUUUUGUUGACUGUAAUCUCACUGCUCAGUCCUGUGAAACUGUGGCAUCAGCUCUACAAUACUCAAACUCUGUCUUGAGAGAGCUGGAUAUGAGUAACAAUGACCUGCAGGAUGUAGGGGUGAAGCUGCUCUCUGAUGGGCUGAAGAGCCCAAACUGUAAGCUGGAGAUACUGAGGUUGUCUGGCUGUAUGGUGACAGAGAAAGGCUGUGGUUAUUUGUCUUCAGCUCUAAGUUCAAACCUCUCACACCUGAGAGAGCUGGAUCUGAGCUAUAAUCACCCAGGAGAUUCAGGAGUCCAGCUGCUCAAACACAAACUGGAGGAUCCAAACUACAAACUUCACAUACUCAAAAAACAAUAUAUUGAUUUAAAAUUUUCAAGACAUGUUUUGUGAUCGAGGGUCUAUAUGCGAGGGAGUGGCAAUGGCCAUGAAUAUUAAGUGAGUCUCACCUGAGCAACAAAGGGCCCUCCCCUAAUGGCCCAUCAGUGUGACUGUGACUGUGACUGUGAGGCAGGUAAGAGAGAAUGUGAGGAGAUUGAAAAAAAGGGUUUUUUAAAUUAUUUGUAUUUUAUUUACAACACAGUAUAAUCAAAACAUACAUAAUGAAGGUCAAAGACACAUUAUUGUGCACACUGAUCUAACCACAGAGAUGUGAACAGACUUUGAGUCAUUCCUGCAGCAGAUUCUGUUCAACAAGUGAAACAAGUAAAUCAUACCUGAUAUUUACGUGUGUUAUUUAAGUGUUUCUACUUCUUUCCAUGGAUUCAAGAAGAAAAAAAAAACAAUCAGUAGAAAAGGAGCUUGUUUUGACAUAGAAUAUCAGUGUAGUUGAACAUCUGAUGUUGGUGCAAUGCUCUCAGAGGAAAACAGUUUGAAGAGACAUCAGGAUACAUCUGGUGCUGGUAUCUGAUUCAAUAAAAUACAAACAAAAAAAAAACAUUUGUGAGCAUGUUAAUAUUAGGAACAUCUGUAUAUAUAUCAUAAAUAUCAUAUAUAUCACUAUCAUAAAAAAGAGAAAGAAAUCUUAUAUCUGAGAAACUAAUUAUUAUUGUUUAGCACAUUAUUCAAAUCUAUUUCUGAACAGAGUAGGCUAUUAAUAAUAAACAUGUACUAAACAUACUUAGACUCGUAGCAUUCAUCAUGUUACAGUGUACACUCAUAUUACUUUUAUUGUUUUAUGUAGAGCAUGAAAACAUCAUCGCGCUGUAAGAAAUUUAAAUAUCAUAUUCAAAAUGUUUUACACGAUUUCAAACAUUGUAGUCAGGAAUUAUAGUUUGGGAAAAACCCAACUAUGAUUUUGUAGUCAUACAGUCUAGUAUGUAUGAUUUUAUAGUAGCCUAUGAUAUGAUUCUGUAGCCACAGACUCAAGCAUGCUUUGUACAAUAAAAGGAUGUACUUUGUACUAUAAAAAAAAUAUAUUUUAUAUCUGAGAAACUAAUUAUUAUUGUUUAGCACGCUAUUAAAAUCUAUUUGUGAACAGAGUAUUAAUAAUAAACAUGGUCUAAACAUUCUUAGACGCGUAGCAUUCAUCAUGUUGUCGUUUGGGGGAAAACUCAGCUAACUGUUAGUAGAUCUGUUCAAGUUUAUGUCACAAUAACACGGUAACUAAUGUAAAAAAGAAACAUUACUUACUCAUCUCCUCUGCUGGAUGAAAUCGUGUUCUUCUUUCGAGGGAAAUCCUGCCUUUACUCAGCGCAUCUUCUUCCAGAAACGAACAGUAGCCGCGAUGAACGACCUCCUCUUUGUUUGUGUUGGGCGUUUGCACGCGCGCACUUACCACGUGGCUAUUUACAUAUGAACAGCGCGAGACGCACGAGGGCGGGGUCACAUUAGAGAUAAUGAGUCAGACGGGACAGACUGAACAUCGUGUUGGUUUUAUACGGAUUACUUCAUCACAGAAUGUUUGUUUUCGAUAAGCUUUCUAUAGAUAUAUUUCUCAUGUCUCUGUGUGAAGUAUUUGCUGAGUUACAGUUCAUUUUAGUGACGCGUUUCUAAAAACAGUUUGCGAAGACGGAGAAGACAGAGAGCGCACCCUGUUUGUUUUCUUUAUUCUUCAGAAGCACAAAGUUUAGUUGUUAUUAUGAGUGUAUACAAAUAAAAGUAGACCCCUUACAGAUUCGAAUGGUGUAUUGCUCUUAUCUGUACGAUCAAAAACGACAGAGUAAUUCAAGCUCAUUUCGGCCUUAUCAGGAAAAUCUGCCUCAAAACGCAUAUAUGCGUUUGUCGACCCCAGGGGGUUAACAAGUGUUACCUAUUCUAAAGUGUUAUCACAUUUUUCAUACAAACUAAACAUACAGGAAUGAAGAAAAAAAAAGUCACCUACAUCUUGGAUGGCCUGGCAAAUUUUUGGGUGAACUAUCCCUUUAAAGCUCCAGAAAAACUUUGUAUAAUGAACUAAUAAAAAACUAAACAAGCUAAACAAAAUGUUAGCAAACAAACAUUUACAAAUAUUAUUACUGUUCACAAUUUCAUCUUUAAAAUGAGGCAGAAGUAAAAAAAAAAAAAAAAAAAUGAACCAGGUGUUACAGUAUAUAAAAUCAAAUUAAGUCACCUUUAUUUACAUAGCGCUUUAUACAAUACUGAUUGUAUCAACGCAGCUUUACAGAAUCAAACAGAAAAAUAGUUUGUAAAUAAUGCAAGAUGACAUUAACAAGUCAUUUUCCCACCUAAAGUCAGUUCAUUGGUGAUUCAGUGUUGACAUCAUCCAGUUCAGCUCUCUCCCAAUAAUAUUUGUGCAAUCAGCCAAGCGUCCCCAAAUAAGCAAGCCAAAGACGACAGCGGCAAGGACCCAAAACUCCAUCGGUGACAGAAAUUGAGUAGAAAAUCUCGGGAGCAACCAGGCUCAGUCGGGGGGCAGUUCUCCUCUGACCAGACGAAACCAGCAUGGCGUGGUUUAAUUCUAGGCUGCAACACAGGUCAGAUUGAGGAGAGGACACGUCUGGUUCUCGUGGUCUUGUCCCGAUGGCUUGUCCUGGAGCUCAUCUAGCUGACAUGGUCUCUGCUGACAUUCAGGGCUGUAAAGGUCAUCUCUUGGUCACCAUCUGAUCUGGAUAUGGACUGGGUGGCUAUGGUGACCUCGGAAUAAGAAAGAAACAGACUAAUAUUAGUGUAGAUGCCACUGAGUACAGUAAAGCACAUUAUAAUUGUAGUAAAAACGCUAAACAUUUACAUAUAUUACCUGGAAUUAAAACAAUAAACUCCUAGUCUUGAAAGUACACACCAGUUUUUCCGUCUGGUCUCAUUAUCUCUAAUUAGGUGAUGCCCACGCACUGCUCGCGCUAUUGUUAUUACAAAUCUCCACACGAGCCACGCGGCAUGUAAACGCCCACACCACUGUAAACAAAGAAGCAACGCGUUCAUCUCGGAUACUUUUCAGUUUUGGAAGAACGCGGUGUGAGGAAUAAGCCUUUUAUUUACCUCAGAAACGCGCUGAGAGGAAAAAGAGUUAUAUUUACCUCAGAAACGCGCUGAGAGGAAAAAGCUUUGUUUACUUCAUAAACCGAACGCAGCUGGAGCCGGCGGCGGAGAUACUUUAUACCGAGUAAGUAAUGUUUCUUAUUGGCAUUCUAUAAUGUGUUGUUGUGACUAAGUUGGACACAUUUACUAGGUGAACUUUUCCCAAACUAUAACUCUAGAAUAAAAUGUGUGAAAUCGAGUGCAACAUUUUGAAAUAUGAUAGGCAACCUUUCAUUGCAUUUAAAUGUUGCACGACGUGAGGAUAGUUAUAUGUUCUAUAAACAAUGAUAUAAAAGUAAUGUCUAAGAAAGUUUAGACCAAUCUUUACUGUGAAGUAGCCUACUCUGUUUGCAAAUACCUGCUCAAACAGGUUUAUAAUAAGCUUAACAAUAAUAAUUUAGUUUCUCAGUUAUAAAAUGUUGUUUUUGUAUUGUAUGAUAAUACAUGCAAAGCAUGUGUGCAUCUAUGUUAUAAAAUCACGUGGGCAAUCUUGCUGAUCGCUAAUGUAAUAAUAUAGUUGCUCCUGAUAAGCCUAUCAACAUGCUCACUAAUUUAUUUAUUAAUUUUAGUGGUGGGGGGGGGGUGCUUUAUUUAUUUUGAGUAGUAACAUUAUGUAGGCCUAUAUUAUAAUAAAUAUAAUGUACUGUUUUUGCUGUACUUUGGAUCAAAUAAAUGAGCUGAAGACACUUCUUAAAAAAAAAAAACAUUACAAAUCUUACUGUUUAAAUAAUUUGACUGGUAGUGUAUGUAUUGUAACCAUGUUUGCUUUGUCUUUGUCCGUUCAUUGUGUUGCUCACGUCUGUUUUGUUUUCUCAUGCAGUUUCUGCUGUCUCCCGUUUUCCUGGGUUCCAGUUUCCUGCCACUGUUUUGGAUAUUUUGGAUAUUGCACCCACGAUGUCAUGACUCUUCUGUUGUUUAUUUGUUUGUUUGUUCCUAAUAAACUGUUUAA